GUUUUUUUUUUUACUAUACAUGGUCACACCCAUUUAACUUAAUACAGCGAAACACACACUUUAUCACAUGCCAGCAGAUAUUUAUCAGGUGGCUCUUACAGAAAAACGUGCUGUCACCCGCCUUGGACUUCUGCCAAGAUUGCUGUAUAGCUGGUCAUCACUUGAGCAUCUCUCUUACCUCCCUAAGAGUAUCUAGAUGGCGGCGCCUGGGUCAAGUAUCCUACAAAAUGCCCGCCUUAGUGGGCAUUUACUAGGGAGGUAGUACAGCGACGAUUUAAGGCCCAGAGCUGUAGCCUCGGCUCUGGAGUUUAGGAGUGUAGAUUCCCCUCUGUGUCCCUCCACUUCCUCCUCUGUGCAGGGCAGAUAACAUAGUGCUGUUGGAUAAGAAGUGGGAAGCACUUAGAGACGUGUUCACGUGUUUCUACUCAUGCCUCCACUUGUUUCCUGAGGAAGUGUCCAGGCGGGCGCAGCACAGAGGCCGGAGGAGGAGCUGAACGAGCGGCGAAGCAGCUCCCACUCACUCAAACCAAGACGCCAUUAGCGCGUGUGCCCCCCCCACACCCCCACACUCCACCCCCACACUCCACCCCCACCUCCGGCGUCUGUCAAUCAAGCGGCAGCGGGGGCGGGGCGUGGAGGGCAGAGCAGGGCGGGGCGGCGCUUCCGCUGUGCGAGGCCGCUCGGGGUCGCUCGCGGGAGCCGGGCGCAGUCGGGAAUCCGGCGGGCCGCGCGGCCAGAUGAAGGGCGCGAUGGAGCCGGAGCCCGAGGUGCUGCUGCAGGAAGCCCGGGAGAACGUGGAGGCGGCGCAGAGCUACCGGCGGGAGCUAGGCCAGCGGCUGCAGGGGCUGCGGGAGGCGCAGAGGCAGAUAAAGGAGAGUGCUUCACAGACAAGAGAUGUCCUCAAACAGCACUUUAGUGAUUUAAAAGGAACCCUUGGGAAGCUACUGGAUGAGCGAUUGGUGACCCUUUUGCAAGAGGUGGAUACCAUUGAACAGGAGACCAUCAAACCACUAGACGACUGCCAGAAGCUCAUAGAGCACGGGGUCAACACUGCAGAUGACCUGGUCCGAGAAGGUGAGACUGCCAUUCUUGGUGGUAUUGAAGAACAGAAUGAUAAAUUAUGGAACUUUACCAAAAAGGCCUCACACAUUCAGUUGGACAGCUUACCAGAAGUGCCUUUGCUGGUUGAUGUGCCCUGUUUGUCGGCUCAGUUGGACGAUUCCAUUCUUAACAUAGUGAAGGACCACAUUUUUAAGCAUGGAGCAGUAGCUUCCCGCCCACCAGUACAGAUUGAAGAAUUAGUAGAGAAACCUGGAGGUAUCGUAGUGCGAUGGUGUAAGGUGGAUGAUGACUUCACAGCCCAAGAUUACAGGCUUCAGUUCCGUAAAUGUCCUGCAAAUCCUUUUGAAGACGUGUAUGUAGGUUCUGAAACGGAAUUCAUAGUGUUGCACAUAGACCCCAAUGUCGAUUAUCAGUUCAGAGUCUGCGCCCGAGGAGACGGCCGGCAGGAGUGGAGUCCUUGGAGUGUUCCCCAGACAGGUCACUCCACACUGGUGCCUCAUGAGUGGACAACUGGCUUCGAGGGGUACAGUCUGAGCAGUCGCAGGAAUAUAGCCCUCCGGAAUGAUGCAGAGUCCGCCGGCGUUCUCUACUCCAGCGCUCCAACCUACUUCUGUGGACAGACGCUGACAUUCAGGUGCAGUCUUUGUCAAUGGGAAAGAAAUGACCAAUCAGUUGCCUGCGGUUACCUCUGGCUCCACUGUCACGUUUGACAUCGAAGCUGUGACUCUAGGACCUUGUAACAACAAUGAAGGUGGGAACGUCAAGCUCCGGGUGACCAUCAGCUCCAGUAACCGGGAGGUGGUGUUUGACUGGCUGCUGGAGCAGUCCUGUGGCUCUCUCUACUUCGGAUGCUCAUUUUUCUACCCCGGAUGGAAAGUGCUGGUAUUUUAGCAUUUGCAGGGCUUAGCUUUGGUGUGAGGGUUUGCUGUUUCUGUCCGCAGUUCUGUUGUAUCUGACUUUGAAAAGGUGAGCUGACCUCUCUGUCCAUCAGGGAUGAAAAGUGUUGCUGGGUUCACAUUGUAAGAUUUCAGUAACAGAUCAGUGAGCUGACCAGGGUGGAUAAAACCAUAGUUCAGUUUUGUUUUUAGUACAAAUACCAAGCUAGCUUUGAAAGUCUGCAUAUUUUUUCCACUGUUCUUCCUAAAGUUGGUUGUUAAAACAGAAAAUGUCACAUUAGUAUAUCUUCAUCAAGACUGAAGGCCAGAAGUAAACAACAGAAGACAGCAGGAGGCCAGGCUUCUGCAGUGCUUGUCCUGAGUGUUUUUGCUCCUCCUACGUCCACUCGGGGAGUGCUGACUUUACUCCUGUGCUCAGUACACUCCGGGUCUGAAAAGCUUAGUGAGUUCUGCACUUUUACAGUGUUUGAGCAAGCAUCUGUGAUAGCCAAUGUUAGCAUCUCUUCUUUUUACUGGCAGCAGUGACACAAGAUAGGGCAGAAGGUCUGUAUUCCUGCAGGUGAAGCCACUUAUGGAAGAACACAGCAGUGUUAGCCAGGUCCCGUGUGUACAGCACACCCCAUGCACAUCCUGCCUCAGCUGUGCACAUGGCCUGUGCGGAGUGUUAAGUCAGUAUAAUGUCAGGUUGAGAAAUGGUCUUUUAGUGGACCAAAGAAAUAAAGGAUAAAUACUUGACCUACUUUUUUUUUUAAAACUUAAAUUUCUGUAAAAUAUUUAUUUGACUUACUUAAUAUGUACAAAAUUGUGGUCUUGUUAUACCAGCCUUCAGAUAAUUUUUAAUGUGAAUUUUUGUUUGUUUUUACCAAUAGUAAAAAAAAGAGUGGAAAAGCAAGUGUGAUAUUUUUGUAAGAUAAUUUAUUUGGGGAUUCAUGUUCCCACUCUGACAAUCAUGGCCUUUCCUCCUCCCGUUUUAUGUCUAUGUAAGUGCCCUUUCUCAUGUUAAGUAGAGGUUCUAGAGGACGUGCCUUAUCCAGCCUUCUGAAAUAAAAUAAAAAUGAAAAGUUAACAGUA